CUCGACCAGGCGUGUUGUAUGUGACUUACAUACACGCGCUUUUUUUCCCUCUCCGAAUUGCGGUUAUGCCGGCUCCGUGACCGUUCCUACGCGUGCACAUACGUACGUAUCGAGAACGAAAGAGGAUGGACGAAGCAGUCACCACGCCGCCUACAUUUAAACGGAGUUUCUUAGAGCGGAUUUAUUGUGUCGAGUUUUCGCCGUACGAGUGGUCGCAGCACUUGAUUUGCAUCGCCCUCGCCAAAGAGAUCGUCGUCGGUACUGUCAGAUUUCAGGAUGAAGAUGAUGCUGUGGAAGAUAUGACAUAUAGUCCUAUUAGAACAUUUCACCAUGAUGCCAGACCUCAUGCGAUUGCUUGGAGUCCAGAAACCUCCCUAAGUAUUGUCCCCAAAAUUGUCACAUUUUGCAUUGCUGGAUCAGAUUUCAAAAUAAGAUUGUAUAAUAGCAAUCUGAAUGAUGUCAAUAUGUUUGAGAUUUUAGAAGGUCACAAAGAUUAUAUGAACGCAAUUUCGUAUGAACCAGAGGGUGAACUAUUGGCAUCAGUUUCCGACGAUCAUACAUGUAAGUUAUGGGCAGUUAAAGAGAACCAAAAGUGUGUGUCUACAUUUUACUUAACGUCACCUGGUACUAGCGUAUGUUGGCAUAAUGAAGAGUCUGGCAAGCUCUUAGUAGCGGAAAAGAAUGGUUUAAUACGUAUGUAUAACGUCAGAAGUCAGCAAGCAAUUAUGUCCCUCGAUUCAGGGGCUGUUCCCUUGACUGCAGCUGACUGGGGACCCAAUCCCUUAAAAGUUGCAUCGAUAGCUGCUGGAGAAUUGCUACUUUGGGACGUGUCUAGACCUAGUCGUCCUCUUGAUGAGCGGACACUUCAUGUGGAAGGUGGUUUAACAGUAAAAAUCUCACAUGCGAAUGAAAAUCUGGUAUCAAGUAUCGGAUGGCCAGAUAAUUUAUUGAAGGUUGUUAAUUUAAAAUCGAAAGUAGUAGUAUUAUGUGGAAAGGUAAAAUUAAUUGGCGGUAUGACAUGGCAUUAUAAAUUACCAUAUGUCUGUGCUGGAAGUGACAGAGAAUUAUGUUUCUGGAGAAUAAAUGUAAAUUAGUAGAUAAACAUUGAAUACGAUUUUCCAUAAAUGAACUUUU